AUGCGAGCCUGUAUCUUCAUCAUAGGUCUGCUCGGCGUCGUUUUCGAAGCGAACGCUCUGUACGACUCCAGAGACGAAGUCGUCGAGCUGACACCGGACACCUUCAGCAAGCGUGUCCUCAACGGAGACCAAGUAUGGAUAGUGGAGUUCUUUGCACCCUGGUGUGGCCACUGCAAGAACCUCGCAUCCGAAUACAAAAAAGCAGCACGAGCUCUCAAGGGCAUUGCCGGAGUCGGAGCUGUGGACGCCGACCAACACAAAUCUCUGCCUGGUCAAUACGGAGUCCGAGGCUUCCCCACAUUGAAAAUCUUCGUGCCUGGAAAUUCUAAACCCAUAGAAUACCAAGGCGCCCGAACCGCUGAUGGCAUUGCCGAUGCCGUUCUCCGCGAAACGAAAAACCUUGUCAACAAGAAGCUCGGCAAAAGUUCCGGGUCUGGCGGUUCAUCGUCGGAAUCCGGGGGCUCAGGAAACGACAAAGACGUGGUUCAACUGACGUCGGAGAACUUCCGGAAAUUGGUGCUCGACUCGAAGGACAUCUGGCUGGUCGAGUUCUUCGCUCCAUGGUGCGGACACUGUAAAAAGCUCGCGCCUCAUUGGGCUAAGGCCGCGACUCAGUUGAAGGGGCAAGUCAAGCUCGGAGCCGUUGAUUCCACGGUCUACCAAGAGCUCGCUCUGGAAUACGGCGUUCGCGGCUAUCCGACGAUCAAAUACUUCCCCGCCGGACCUAAGGACAGCAACUCGGCUGAGGAAUACAACGGCGGCCGAACUGCGGACGAUAUCGUUGCCUGGGCAUCCGAGAAAGCAGCCGAGAACGCUCCUCCACCCGAGGUUGUCCAGCUUACCAACGAAAAGGUUCUUAACGCCGCUUGCUCGGACAAUCAGCUCUGCAUCGUGGCCGUCUUGCCGCACAUCCUGGAUUGCCAGUCCUCAUGCCGGAACGACUUCAUCACGGAGCUCAAGAAGCUUGCCGAAAAGUACAAGAAACAGAAAUGGGGCUGGGUAUGGUCGGAAGCCAUGGCGCAACCGAAAGUGGAGGAAGCUUUCGAGAUCGGAGGAUUUGGCUAUCCUGCACUCGCUGUCAUGAACUCGCGCAAGAUGAAGUACUCGCUCAUGCGUGGCUCGUUCUCCUUCGACGGAAUCAAGGAGUUCCUCCGGGAAGUUUCCUUCGGAAGAGGACGCAGCGCGCCUGUGGCUGCAGCGGAAUUGCCCGAAGUCCAGUCGAUUGAAGCAUGGGACGGAGAAGACGGCAAGCUCGAUGAGCCCGACGAUAUUGAUCUCUCCGAUGUGUCCCUUGAUGAGGAAGAAAAUCCCGCGAAAAACAACGAGCUUUGA